GACGGAACUGAACAAAGGUGACACCAAGCGGACGUAAACAGCUCAACCGCCGGCGGUAUAAAUUCAAGUUACUUGAGAACAGUGGUGAAGCGAAUUACUGAUUUUGUCCCUAAGACACGAUGUCGUCUGCUGAGAGUUUAAGAGCGUUUGUCACCGAGCGACUAACUGCUGCUGCUGAAGAAAUAUUCAGAGUUUUUAACAAAACUAUUGUCGAGUACGAGAAAGAGAUCGACCGACAGCGCAGACUGCUGGACAUAGUUUGGAAACCUGAACUAAAAUUACACCCGAUAGAGCUCCCACAGCAACAUGUCUUUAAGGAGGAGGAAGUUCUCUCUGACCAGCAGCUCUGUGACCAGGAGAAGAACUCCAGUGUGGACCAAGAGGACCCAGCAGAGCCUCCACAGAUUAAAGAGGAACAGGAGGAACUCUGUGUUAGUCAGGAGGGAGAGCAGCUUGUAGUGAAGGUGGAGACUGAUACCUUCACGUUGAUUCCUCCUUGUGAAGAAAGUGACCACAGUGAACCUGAAUCAAAUAGAGACCACCAGCUCUGCUCUGUCAGCUCGCACAUAGCUGAGAGUCAAGAUCAGACUGUAGGCAAUGAAGGAGAAUCAGGAUCAAUUAGAGAUACAGAGCCAGAACCGAAGUUAAGAAAGUCCAAAAGCGGAAGUCAACAUGUCUUGUCAGACUUGUCAGGGAUUCGGCGUAAUACUAAGAAAGGUAACAGGUCUUUUCUGUGUGACAUAUGUGGAAAGGCCUUUAAUUUUAAGUCCAAUUUGAAUGAACACCUGAGAAUCCACACAGGUGAAAAACCAUAUUCCUGCGACACCUGUGGGAAAUCAUACUGUCGGUCAACAGACUUGAACACUCAUAUAAAAACCCACACGGGUGAGAGGCCGUAUAUAUGUGAUACCUGCGGGAAGCGGUUCACUCGGUCGUCAGAGUUAAAAACUCACAAGAGAAUUCACACAGAUGAGAAGCCGUAUGCUUGUGAAACAUGUGGGAAAUAUUUCAGAAACAAAAGUGCCGUGUCAGUCCAUAUGAGAAUCCACACAGGUGAGAUGUACCUCUGCAAAAUCUGCGGGAAGGGAUCCAUUGACAUGGUGAGAUUGAGAAGGCAUAUGAGAAUCCAUGAAAAGCAGUUUACUUGCAAAACGUGAGAGGGUUUUCAGACCUAAAGGUGUCUUGAUAGUCAACUUGAGUAGAGCUCACACUUGUAAGUAGCAAUAUAAAUGUAGCAGCUUGGGAAAAAAGAUACAUCAGUACACCUACGUCUGUGUGAUGUGAUGUAUACAAUGUCCAUUUGAGAAGUGGUCACAACACUGGGCAAGAUGAACAUUUUCUUUUGAACAGUUUUUUUUGCAUUGUGUCAUCUUGUUGGAUGUCCCUUGUUUUUUAUUUCUGUGUCUUCUAACAAUAAAGCUGGAUUUUGAGCUGUUUGUGCUUUAA